AUGGGCUUAGUCCACCUGUCCAUCUUGGCCUCGAACAACAGGGGCACGUCAAGAACAAUUAUUUUACAACCCUUGAUCCAUAGCUUCAGAACUUCCAGGAAAAUCCCAAAUGAAAUCAAGUUAUUGAGAACACAACUGGAAUCUAAGUUUUCUUAUCUCGGAGCAAGAAAAAAAAAAAAGCAAAAUGUAACAAAAUUACCGAUUAAGAAGCUGGCGCCUAUCAGGAUCAUUAAACACGAUCUGGCCCAGCUUCAGCCGAUCAACUUCUCCGCUAGAGAGCAAAAUUUCAUCCCCAAAUGCAGCCACCACUUUUCUCCAUCCACCGAGGGAAAUAAUUUCAGAAAACGGACUCAACAAUCUACAAAAUUUGAAAGAGAUAGAGCCUACGCGAGCGAUGACAUCGGCAUCGACAACGGGGAUACCGUGAGCUUUGAAGAGUUUCGAUACUGUGCUUUUUCCAGAGCUUAUGCCUCCGGUCAAUCCAACUAUUCUCAUCUUGACCGGGAAAAUGAAUUCCGUCUGACUUUACCUGCAAGGGUGAAAACGAUUGUCGAGGCGAAAGCAAGCGUAACCAUUAAUGUUUCUUGGUCGAGUUUCUUUGCCAGUAACGGUAGCCAUGAUAUUUCUAAAGUUAUUGCCGAGCUCAAUCAGACAUUCUUUUACUACUUUAGAGAUUCUAUGAGUGGGACGAUGAGAAUGGAAGUUUAUAAGCAACUCUUGAUGGAGAAAGAAUCUGCUAGCGGUGAUUGCUGCGAACCCCUCACAUACAAGACAUGGGCUUUGAGAGUGUCCAUUCACUGUGUAGGUUGCAAGAGGAAAGUAAAGAAAGUCCUUCAAAGUAUUGAAGGAGUUUAUAAGAUAGAGAUAGAUGCAAAACAACACAAAGUAACAGUGGCUGGAAAUGUCGAAGCCGAGACAUUGAUGAAGAAGCUCAUAAAAUCGGGCAAAAAUGCUCUGCUCUGGACAGAAAAUCCCGAGCCCAAGGAAAAGCAGAAGCAGAAGCAGAAGGACUCGGAUGAGGAUGAGAGUGCUACCGAUAUCGAGCAAGUUGAUAUUAACCCGACGAAAGAAAGUAAUGAAAAUGUAAACGCAAACCAAAAGAAGAAAAAGAAAAAGAAAAAGAAAAAGGGGAAUUCGGGUUCAGCGAAUGCUGCUGGUGGCACUGGUGCAUGUGCACCACCGGCAGCGGGAAGUGGAGAAUCUAAUCCACCAUCAGGAAUCUCGGGUCCACCGGCCGACCAAAUGAACCAGAACCCGCCACAUCAGCAAAUCCUUCCUUAUCCGAACUUUUACUACCCUGCCCCGGAAUAUGGGAUGAGCUACAACAAUGCUGCAAGUAUGACUGCUUAUACAUACUCACGCCCGUAUUAUUACUCACCAACUUUACCGUUUGAACCGAUCUUUGAUCAUAAUCGUCGUGAUUGUAGUUUUGCCGAUGAUGAAAACGGUUGCUCGAUAAUAAUAUAA